UUUUUUUUUGCUGAGCGACAGACCAAGAGCUUCUCUUAAGCUCGUACAUGAUCUUCACCCAGAGUACACGCGACGAGUAAGCUCGCUGUCUAGGCCUUCACUCUUCUACCUUUCAUUGACUGGAUCCAAAGUUAUCUUAGUGACUUGGUGUUCUCGCUCCUCAGCCUCUGACCUCUCUGUCCAAUAUGAUUUCUUGCAUUAUUCGCAGCCCAGCCCUCUAUCGUGGCUUUGUUACUCAUGCAGGUCCACGUGUCACCUUACCUGCUGUGUUGCAUCUCAAGACUGGCCAAUCUUUCUUCGGGCGAUCAUUUGGUGCCCCCGAAAGCAUUUUUGGAGAAACUGUGUUUUCUACGUCGAUCACGUCCUAUACCGAGUCUAUGACUGAUCCGUCUUACCGCGGUCAAAUCCUGGUCUUCACAACUCCACUGAUUGGAAACUAUGGUGUUCCCCGUAACACAGCUCCAAUCGACUCCCAAGAUUCUCAAGAUAUCCAGUGCAGCGCAAUCGUCGUUGCAGACGUCGCUGAGAAAUUUUCACACCACUCAGCCGUUGAGUCCCUUGCUUCAUGGUGCCGUCGGUCUGGGGUGCCAGGAAUCACUGGAGUCGAUACCCGCGCAAUUACCCGUUUACUGCGUGACCAAGGUACUACACUUGGUCGGAUCGCGGUUGGUGCGGAUACAUCAGCUUCUCGUCCAACCCCCGAACAAUAUUGGGACCCUACGACCGAGAACUUGGUUGACCAGGUAUCUACCAAAGUGCCUUACGAGUUAAAUCCGGGGGGCGAUGUCAAAAUAGCUGUCCUCGACUUUGGCGCCAAAGCAAACAUUCUACGCUCCCUCGUUCGUCGGAACGCCGCAGUUACUGUUCUCCCGUGGAAUUUCGACUUCGAUUCCGUUCGUGAUCAAUACGAUGGUCUUUUUCUCUCCAAUGGACCUGGUGACCCGGCCCAUUGUAUCAGUGCAGCCAUGAAGUUGCGCCGCACGCUCCAGGAAUGGAGCAAGCCAGUUUUCGGUAUCUGUAUGGGUCAUCAGAUCAUUGGGAUGGCUGCUGGCCUAGAAGCAUAUCGCAUGACUUUUGGAAACCGCGGACAUAAUCAGCCCGUACUUGCGUUAGCGUCAUCUGGGUCCAUCAAGGCGGGCAGAGUCUAUGUAACAAGUCAAAACCAUCAAUAUGCACUCAAACUGUCUGAUCCUUUCCCGCAAGGCUGGGAACCCUUCUUUAUCAACUGCAAUGACUCAUCUGUGGAAGGUAUCAAGUCGACUGCGGAAUCAGGUAAGAAAAUAUGGGGAGUGCAAUUCCAUCCCGAAAGUGCUGGUGGGCCAUUGGAUACGAUAGGGAUGUUCACAGACUUUGUAAAUGAGUGUCGGGCCAUGAAGCAGCGGAGCGUGAGAAGCAUGCCUGCAGAUGUUACCGGCACGGUUGGACAGAACCAGGAUGAACUAGUAGCUUCUGCGUAG